AUUCAGAACCAUCACAGCACGCGGAGCAAAGCAGCCAACAAGCAGCCUGUACUCUGAACCCCAACGGGCCAAACAGUUGAAGAAGCAGCAAAUAGCAAACAACAAAAAGGGUCAAACCUGAUCAGACCCAUAAUUGGGACACUGAGCAAACCCACUUAGUUUGUCUGUGUGCCUUGUGUAUUUGUUAUUUGUGUGUGUGCGUUUCGGGAAUAAUGCAGUUGCCAUUGUCAUUGUCAGCGGCCGGAAAUGGGCAUUGCUUGGGGCUGGGACUGCUGCUGCUAUUUGUUGAACUGGCGGCAGCGGUGCCAGCAUCUGUGCUCGCCCAGAAUACGGAGCUAUCCACCAAUGCGAACAACAAGCUGCAACAGCAACAGCAACAACAGUUGCAACAGCAGCAACGGGAAUUGCCGGCAGUGAAACGAGGGGAGGAUGUGACGGCAUCCAGUGCGACCAUAGUCCCAUCAGCCGAUAAAAAGUCAAGUCCGGAAAUUGUGCCCGCUACUUUUAGCAACUCACCGGCCCGCAGCGUCCCCAACGGCGAACAGUCGCAGCAGCAGCAGCAGCCUCUAGGUGGUAUCUAUGCCCUACCAAGCAAUGAUGAGAUACUUGCUGCUGUCGCCGCUGCCACCCAUAGCAAUCAGAUGGUGCAGAGUGAGCCGACGGCUCUGGAGGAAGCGGUGGCCAGCUCCACAAUGCGCAAGCGUGGCAUUAACUAUGAGUAUAAUCCGUAUAUGGCCGUUCCGGUUAACGAUUAUAGCAGCGAUGUGCCCAGCGGUGUUUGGACCGAUGAUUAUGAGCCCGCUGCGCCCAUCAACUAUAACGGCUAUAAUAACUAUAACAAUGAGCGGGAAAUGCAGGAACUGGAUGACUAUGUGCCAGAGCGACAUGUCAACUCACAAACUGGUCGCAGCAAGGCCUAUGAUAAUCUACAGAAUCUGCUGAAUGCUGAGGCCUAUCUAGAGAGUAUUCCGCUGUCGGUGCCACUUACCUAUGCCAAUCGCAAUUACAACCUGGAUGAGCGCAACAAGCGUGGCAUCUACUAUAAUGCGGCUGCUGCUAAUGCUCCCAGCGAGAAUAUCAAUCUGAACAAGUAUCGUCGCUAUGGAGAUAUGCGUCUUAAGCGUGACGCCACCAAACUGACACCAGCUGAUAUGCUAGCCCUCGUUGCCCUGGUUGAAGCCGGUGAGCGAGCACGCAAGGAGAGUGAUGUGGAUAGCGCUGUUUCUGUGCCCCUUGUAGACGCUGAGGAACUGGAUUAUGUGCCUGCUGGCAGCUGGGUGGAUGCGCCCCUACAGCAGCAACAGCAACAACAGGCGUCACCCGCUCUGGUGGACUAUUAUGGCGUGCCCGUGGACGCGCAGGUUGUGCCCAAGUAUGAGUAUGUGCCACGCCCACAGAAAUACGUUGCCAGCAACAGCCGCUUUGGCUCCUCCAAGCGAUUCAUGGUGGCCAAGAAGAAGCGUUCGGUUAACCAGAGCCAGUACAUGAACGAACCGGUGGGCGAACGUGGUCCCAGCUAUUAUGGCGAGAAGUUCUACUAAAGGGCCCGAACGAUACUUAAGUAGAACAAGCCAACGAGAAAGAGAGAGAGAGAGAGAGAGAGAGAGAGAGAGAGAUAAAGGAUAAUUGGAAAAGAGAGAGCGAGAAAAGAAAAUAAAAGCUUUUAAGCUGAGCUUUCCAUUUUUAUUGGUAACCCUAUUCGAAGAGAAACUAAAAUUCCCAAUAAAUUUAUCGUUGCCCAAGUUUGCAAAUAGAAAUAAAUAAAUACAAGAAAAUUACAAAAUAUUGAAUUUAAUGAAAAAACAAAAGAGUCAAUGUCAAAUGCAAUUUUUGAAUUUGAGAAAGAAAAUUAAAUAUAUCUAUGCAUAUAAAAAUAUGAGUAUUGUAUUGUCAAGAACAUAAUCAAAACCGAUGUUUUUAAAACACUUACAACAGGGUUGACAGAAUUUGUCCAAUGCGAACUUACCUAUGCCUAAACUAAUCUAACUUCGAUUAUACCUAACCUUACUUUAAUCAAUGUCAAUGUCUAUGUCAAGGUCUUUGACCCCCAAAACAAACUGUACAAUUAAACCAAUGAAACGCCAACACUAUCAGUAUAUAGUUGUCUAAUAUCAAAACUAGAGGCUUCCCAAGUAGUACAAAAAGAAAACUAAAAAAAAAAACGUAAAAACGAAAAUACUAUUUAAAAUUGAAUGAAUCGUUUAUCUACAAACAAAAACAAUCGAUAGAUACGUAUGAUAAUUACUUUAAAAUGAGCUCAGCGGCAACAGAUUGUCUGUCAAUUUGCUUUAAGUGUUUUUUAAUUUUUUUACAAGGAGGAGGCGCCAUUACACUGUACUACACUAUUUACACUAUUUACUGAGUGAAUAGCAACAACUUUUAUGCAGAUGCAGAUGUUGUCUAACAAACUAUUUAAAAUAUCCAUGCAACUUAAAAUGAUAUA